AUGGAGUCCAAGAUCCCCGACUUCUUGCUCGAGCAGCAAGCACAAGGAAGCCCAGAGACACAACCCUACUUCCUCACCUUCGAAGACUACUGGGAGCGCAAACUAUGGCAUCAGCUUACAGACUCGUUGGUCGAGUUCUUCUGCAUGCCAGAGAGUGCUCCGCACCGCUUAGCUCUGUUUAAGACAUUCGUGCUCAGUUUCGCCGACCGGGUCAACCAGCUCAAGUUUGUGUCGCUGGGGUUGAUGGCAGCAACAGAAUGCACAGAUGACCAAGAACGACUUGCUUUCCUCACAUCCCUCGCUACCAAGACGGAUACGGCCGAUACACAGGAUGCAUAUGUCUACGCGCUCGCUGACGUGGCCAACGUCAAGCUGUCGCUGAAGGAUUUGGAAGGAGCACAGACAGACCUGGCCACCUGCCAGCGGGUGCUAGACACGUUUGACUCGGUCGAGACCGUUGUGCACGCCUCAUUCUACAAAGUGAAUGCGGACUACUACCACUCUAAGCAAGAAUUCGCCUCCUUCUACAAAAACGCCCUCCUCUACCUCGCCUGCAUUGACCUGGAAGAACUCACCGAGACUGAGCGCGCAUCGCGUGCCUACAACCUCAGCGUAGCGGCCCUGGUAUCAGAGACGAUCUACAACUUCGGAGAGCUCCUCCUGCACCCGAUUCUGGACUCGCUGACCGAGACCCCGCACAACUGGCUCCGCGAGCUUCUCUUCGCCUUCAACCGGGGCGACCUGGCUGCCUAUGACGUGCUGGCCGGUAACAUCAGCAAGAACAAGCUGUUGGAGUCACACCGGGUAUUCCUGUACCAGAAGAUUUCUCUCUCCGCACUUACGGAGAUGGUCUUCCACCGCCCUCCUCACGACCGCUCUCUCUCCUUCCAGGCUAUCGCUUCCGAGACUAAGGUUCAGCCCGAUGAGAUCGAGCAUCUCGUUAUGAAGGCUCUGUCGUUGGGUUUGCUGCGUGGAUCUAUUGACCAGGUUGCUCAGGUUGCACAGAUCCACUGGGUUCAGCCUAAGGUUCUGGAUAUGAAUCAGAUCGAUGGUAUGCGAAACCGUCUUAAGGAUUGGGAUGCUGGUGUUAAUCAGCUCGGUCACUGGAUCGAGGGAGCUGGUAAGGAUGUUUGGGCUGCAUAG